AUGACCCUGUGCAUGGACCGCAGAGCCUCUGGCGGGAGUGCCCGUCUUCGGGUCAGGGACAAGCUUCCGUUCCCGCCUCGGCGGCUCGGCACCUACUUGGCCUUUGGGUGUAUUAGCUUUAUGAUGAGGAGGUUGACAGGAACCUACGAGGGCUCUCGCACUAUGGGUGCCACGGCAUGA